AUGAUAGCAACAAAAGACAGCGGAAGAUUUCUUCUGGGAAAAUGUAGAAUUUGGCAGAAAUGUGUGUGGAAAAUACCAACACAGUCUAGAAAAGGCUAUAAAGUUCUAGCUAUCGAGACAUCUUGCGAUGAUACAUGUGUUUCAGUAUUAGACAGAUUUUCAUCAAAUGCACCUCCAAAUGUGUUAGCAAACCUGAGAGAUACUUUAGAUAGCAUUGAUGAAGGGGGCAUUAUUCCGAUAAAGGCUCACGUACAUCAUCAGGCCCGGAUAGGGCCUUUAACCCAAAGAGCACUGACGGAAAGUGGUACCAGAGAGGAAAUUGACCUCAUAUGUGUGACAAGAGGUCCUGGGAUGCCUGGUUCAUUAUCAGGUGGACUAGAUUUUGCGAAAGGUUUAGCUGUCGCCUGGAACAAACCACUCGUUGGUGUACAUCAUAUGCUGGGACAUUUACUGAUACCAAGGAUGCCAACCAAUGGAAAAGUACCGCAAUACCCUUUCGUUAGUCUGCUUGUGAGUGGGGGCCACACCACAUUUGUUCUGUCACGAGCAAUUGAUAAUCAUGAAAUAUUGUGUGACACUAUUGAUAUUGCAGUGGGAGACUCAUUGGAUAAAUGCGGUAGAGAACUUGGGUUCAAGGGGACAAUGAUUGCUAGGGAAAUGGAAAAAUUUAUCAAUCAAGGUUUUAAUGAUCAAGAUUCGACUUUGAAACUAGAAAUGCCCAGCCCACUGAAAAAUAAAGCUAGUAGGAAAAACAUUCUAUCGUUUUCAUUUUCAGCGUUCAUUACAGCAUUGAGGACCAAUUUGAUUAAAUUAGGUAAAACUCAAAUUUGUGAUCUGCCUGAAGACGAAAUACGGUCGAUUGCAUAUCAAGUACAGGAGUCCGUAUUUGAUCAUAUCAUAGAUAAACUGAAACAAGUCAUCAGACUGCAGCCAGAGAAGUUCCAAAACGUGAAUGAAUUUGUAUGUUCUGGUGGAGUGAGUAGUAAUCAAAGAUUAAGAAUAAAGUUAGAAGAAGAACUGGGUACAAUGAGCUCAAUGGGGUUUACCAGCUUUUAUUACCCUUCUAUUGAUCUCUGUAGUGAUAACUCAAUUAUGAUUGGUUGGGCAGGCAUUGAGAUAUGGGAAACUCUAGGGUUAGCUAGUGAUUUGGAUAUAUGCCCCAUUAGACAAUGGCCGUUAAAUGAUCUAUUAAACAUUGAUGGUUGGAGAAAAUGGCAACUGUGA